AUGGCUUCUACACUUGCUUCAACAGCGUCUCUGGAGCAGGAGCGAUCGUGGAACGACAGUGAUCGGGAGUUCUUGGCCCCUCGCCUGGUGCGCAACGGCACCCGCUCGGUGCUCUGCUUCUACGACCGCCUGGCCCACCGGAUGCCCGCCCGGUACGCCUACUUUCCUCGGCAGAUGGCGCUCCGCUACUGCACUCACGUCCUGUACCACGCACCCUUCGCCCUCGACCAAGGACGCCUGGCGUACCGGAACCCGGGCUUCGACCUCAGGUUCGGACUCGCUGAGCUGCGCAAGGUCGCCGACAGAAGGGGCUACGGCACCAAGCUGCUCUUCAGCGUCGGGGGCGAAGAGGCGGACAAUGGAAACUGGUCCAGGCUCGCCGUGGACAGGAAGCAGCGCGCUCAACUGGCGCUAGACAUCAAGGCGACGCUGAUUUCUCUUGGCUACGACGGCGUCAAUUUGCAUUGGGCAACGCCUGGUGGGCGCUGCGGAACACCACAAGACGUGUCUGCUCUUACAGCUUUGGUCCGCUACCUUGGCGCUCAGCUGCGAAGGCCCGGGUCUCCACGGGACUACGUGCUGUCCCUCAUGCUGCCUACACAAGAGCACCUGGUGGAACUGGGACGCGAGCUUGGGACUCUGGCCAAGCUCACGGACAUCCUCAUCGUGCAAGCGCAUGCGCUCUACGGGCCUGCUAGCCCGUGGUUGCGCUGCGCCAGCCCUUACGAGGCAGCGCAGGGUCCCAGCGUUCACUCGCUGAUGAACUCCCUGGGAGCCCGCCUGUUCCACGGUCUCUGGGACAAGCUCUGCAUCAGCCAGUCCUUGGCAGCCCUCACCUUCCGCACCGACGCCACGGGUGCCAACAUCGGGCCGGGGGAUCCGCUGCCCGUCACCGGCAUACGCGGCCACGCAGCCUACUUUGAGGUUUGCGACUGGACACGGCAGCCAUCGACAAACCGCGAGUGCAGUUUCGUUCGGAACGGAUCCACUCUAGCGGCUUUCGAAGGCCCAGAGGCGCUGCAGCACAAGCUGGCUCGAAUGGCACUCGACGGACACGGAAGGCUCUGCAUCGCUGUCAUGGACACUCACAUGGACGACGCCCUCGGGACCUGCGGAGGACCCAUGAGUCCGCUGCUCAAGAGACUGUAUGAAGACCCGUUGGACGCCUGA